UUUACUCCUUGUUUGACCAGGGAUACAAUAGGUCAAAAACCUGGUAAAGGAAUAACAAAGAUCUCCUCAUUUGGGACAUCAUUGGUAUCUGGUUCUUUCCAGUCAUAAAAGGAGAUAGCAACUUGUAGCCACCUGUGAGUAGCCUUUAUCUGCCACCAAAAACCGAACACAAGACACCUGUUUGCUCCUCAUAUCUCGGCAACCUUUAUCUGCUUUCUGUUUUCUUGCAGGGUGUAAUAAAAUAGAAGACAUAGGAGGAAAAUGGGUUCUCUUUUUAGUUCUACCAAAAAGACUAAAGAAGAAAUUGAAAUGGCACUUAACAAAGCCAAAGACCUCUCUAACUCUGCUCCUGUUGUCGUUUUCAGCAAAACCUACUGUGGGUAUUGCAAUAGGGUGAAGCAGCUGCUGACACAGCUAGGAGCAAAUUUCAAGAUUAUUGAACUGAAUGAGGAGGCUGAUGGAGACGAUAUUCAAGCAGCUUUAGCCCAGUGGACUGGCCUAAGGACUGUUCCUAAUGUGUUUAUUGGUGGUAAACACAUUGGUGGCUGCGACAGCACGCUGGAUAAGUACCAAAAGGGGGAGCUGUUGCCUCUUCUCAAUGAUGCUGGCGCUAUUGCUAACAACUCUGCUCAGCUGUGAAUGGCCUCAACUGUCAACUAUGGAUGGUCAUGUGGAACUAGAAAGACGAAAAUAAAAGGUGUCCCGCAUGUUGUGCAAGGAACAAAUAGUUCAUAAGAAAACAUAUGUUUUUCCUGUUAUAUGUUGAUCUUAAUAAAUAUUAUGAUUUGAAUUUCAA